AGCGCCGUGGCAGAGGGAGAUGGGCGUCAGGAGGCCUCCGCUGCGGGUCUCUGUGCCCCGGCAUCCUUCCUCCCUUGCAGCCCCCUGAGCCGCCGGUUGGCCUGCCGGCGGGCAGGCUGCAGAGGAGAGGCGAUGAAAUUCCCAGGCUCCGUCCUCGUCUCGCUGUUGCUCUUUGUGGCCGAGACAGCGAUCGCCUUGUACCUGAGCAGCACCUACCGCUCGGCGGGAGACCGCAUUUGGCAGUCGCUGACGCUACUCUUCGCUCUCUUGCCGUGCAUCUUGGUCCAGUUCAGCCUCGUCUUCAUCCACCGCGACUUGAGCAGGGACAGGCCGCUCGUGCUGCUGCUCCACAUCCUGCAGCUGGGACCCAUUGUCAGGUGCCUGGAAGUUUUUUAUAUUUACUUUCAUGCAGGUAGAGUGGAAGAACCUUAUGUCAGUAUCACCAAGAAAAGGCAGAUGCCAAAAGAUGGACAUUCAGAAGAAGUUGAGAAGGAAGUAGGCCAGGCAGAGGGGAAGCUGUUUACACACAGAUCUGCAUUUAGUCGAGCAUCGGUGAUUCAAGCUUUCUUAGGGUCUGCGCCUCAAUUAACUCUUCAGCUGUACAUCUGUGUCCUGCAACAGGAGAUCACAGCUGCUAGAAGUAUCUUUAUGGUCCUUUCCCUCCUGUCAAUUGUGUAUGGAGCACUGCGAUGCAAUAUUCUGGCCAUUAAGAUCAAGUAUGAUGAUUAUGACAUCAGUGUGAAACCUGCUGCCUACCUCUGCAUUUUCCUCUGGAGGAGCUUUGAGAUUGCAACAAGGGUGAUAGUCCUUGUCCUCUUCAGUUCAGUUCUUCAGAUCUGGAUCCUGCCUGUGGCGCUGGUGAAUUUCUUUGCUUUUUUCUUUCACCCUUGGAUUCUCUUCUGGCAAAGCAAGUGUUCUCUGCCAGAAAAUAUAGAGAAGGCCUUGAGCAAAGUGGGCACCACCAUUGUCUUAUGCCUCCUCACUUUCCUCUAUGCCGGCAUCAAUAUGUUUUGCUGGUCAGCUGUGCAGCUGAAGCUUAAUGAUUCUGAUUUAAUUGACAAAUCCCCAAACUGGGGUAGGCUGACUUUGUAUUACUUGCUGAGGUUCUUUGAGAAUGCUUUUCUCUUGCUAAUGUGGUACACAUACAAGACAGAUGUCUACACAUAUGUAUGUGCUCCGAUGCUGUUCUUGCAACUGCUGAUUGGCUAUUGCAUAGCUGUCCUUUUUAUGCUUGUGUUCUACCAGUUCUGCCAUCCAUGCAAGAAGCUUUUUUCUUCCAAUAUUUCUGAAGGAUUGGUAAUGUGCUUCAAGUUUUUUUGUUAUGUCUGCAAACCUCUGACAUCUAGCAGCUCUGUGGAAAAGGCAGACUUAAAAUCCCCAGAGGAUACCGAAAAGGAUGCCCAGGCUAGUUACAAGGCAAAUGAAUCCCAAAAUGGAGGUACUCAGCAAAGUGUAUCUUCUAAUGCCUAGAGUGGGUGUCUGAUUCCCAGGAGAUCCUGCAAAGAUUCACACUUCAGACCUUAUUUUGCUCAUAAAACAGGUAUAAUAACUGAGAUAUGUUAACAUUAUAUCUUAGCCAAUGUUUGUAGGUUUAUCAUAUCCAGCAGUUUUGCACAAAGGUAUCUCCUUUCAUGGCUCUUCUGCUUAUUAUGAUAGAAAGCAUGUUUUCCUAGCAAGCUGUGGCAACCUUGGCUUGGUUGUUCAGAAAGCAUGAAGAGAAUGAAAUGCCAACCACCCUUAGAUUGUGUCUAUUUGGAUUAUGUAGUUCACUGAACAUUGACCAGAUGCCAAGGGAUUGGAAACUUUGCCCCAGUGGGCUUCCCCUAUGUCAUGGAACAUGACAAUGCCUUGACAAAGUAACUUACUUAUCCCAGAAACAUUCUAAGACUAAGAAGUUUAAUAGAAAAGGGAAGAGCAGAACAUCAUGGUUUACUUCAAG